AUGAAUUUCGAUUCGGGAACCGCCUACUCUGAGUCCGAUGCCGACGACGAAUACGAGGGCGCUAUUGCUGAUAGCUCCCCCGUAACCGCCUCCGAAGUCUCCCAAUUCGAUUCCGAGCUACCUUCAUCCAACGAACACACGCCAACCACCUUUCACCAUAGGAGGAGCGCCGAUAGGUUACCAGAGACGAUAAUUUCGGAAUGGACUUCGGACGAAACUGCUGAUUUUAUCAGCACGAUUGGCUUGCCGCAAUACUCGGAUGUCUUUAUAGAAAACGAUAUCGUCGGCGAGGCCCUGAUUGCUCUGAUGCACGAUGACCUCAAGAGUAUGGGAAUAAACAGUGUUGGCCAUCGACUCACCAUCUUGAAGAGCGUUUACGAUGUCAAGAAGGCCCAGGAUGUACCGAUAGAGAGCGAUCAUUAUGUGCCUCUGUCCGCCGACGCAGAAGCGCAGUAUGCCACAGCGACAUUGAAAGAUAUCAAACAACUCGUCGAGCAACUCCGACUUCGGGACGAACGGAUGAAUCUAUUCGAGAACGACCUCAGACGCCUAACGGAGGACUUCAGGCGCCUACGAGAGGAUAUGCUGCCGGCCUUACGACUCGCCAAGGACGCUCAGCAGCCUCUACCCAAUAACCCGAACAACCAGGUAUACACCUAUGAGACCUCCACCAUGUCGCCCCCAGCACCCACACCUUCGUCCAGCCAAUCGACGGGAGGUCUCCGGCGCCAAUUCUCCACCAAGAAAUUGGCACUGGGAUCUAUCCCAAAGAGCAGCAAUUCACCAACCCAUCUCCAGACUACUCACGAGCGGUCCAUCGUGGAGCAGACGCUAGAUCCAUCCAACGCUGCCGAACGCGCCGUUCUGUCGUCGUCCCACCUUGCCGCCAUGAAUGGCUCCGGUCAGACCACAUCGCCCAUCUUCCCACCUCCGAACAUCCCGUCGCCGACCUCUCCCCCUACUACCGGUAUGGGCGGCAGCACAAUGCUAGCGUCUCGAUCCUACCGCGCGGAUGGCCCGACGUCUUCCUCGCGAUCCACCUUUGCCGACAACGACCACUCAAGAGACAAGCCCAUACAAGCACCAAGGAGAAAGGAGACACCGGCCCCGGACACACCGAGCUCGAGCAACGCAUCUGUCGAAAUCUUCAAGUCCUUCCGCGUGAGCAUGGACGACCCGUGUUACAAAGUGCUACCUGCUGCUCUCAAGAAGUACCAAAUCAACGCGCCCUGGGACCAGUAUGCCCUGUACAUUGUCUACGGAGAUCAGGAGCGCUGCUUGGGACUGGAUGAGAAGCCCCUCAUUCUGUUCAAGCAGCUGGACCGAGAAGGAAAGAAACCUAUGUUUAUGCUACGCAAGACGAAUAAUGCACAAGUCGACCUGACCUCGGAUAUGCCCGGAAGCGCGGGACUGGGCGGCUCCGCGAGAGGCGCUGCCACGCCGUAUGAUCCGCCUGGAGGCAUUAUAUGA